GACCCCGCCCUCUCUUUGAUAGAAAACUCGGUGAUGUCGCUUCGUCUUUAACGAGCUUGACCCAGAACCCGGAGAAGGAGGGGAAAAGAGGGGAGAAAACACACCGAAAAACGGAGUUGUCUGGAAGGCGUUGGGGCAGGCUUUCCACAAGCAGUCCAUUUCUCCUCGUUUCUGGGCUUGGUGGUUCAGUGACCUUCUACACAUGAGCAGCUAGAGCUCGACCUCUGACCUUGGCGUGAUCUCUCACCUCUUCUACCAAACCACGCCCACAGGUGAAGUGUGUUUGAGGCUGUACGGAUGUGUGUAAUGCCCCCCCCCCUCUCUCCCCUUGGGGCUGUGUAGUGUGUAUGGAGCAGUGUGAGAGCGCAGCAGCUCUGCUGGAGUCGGUCAGGGAGCAGGAGGUGCAGUUUGAACAGCUGACCCGGGCGCUGGAGGAGGAGAGGAGGAGAGUGGGCCUCCCUGCCACCAGCCCCUCGGCCCUGGGUCACCACCUCCCUCACACACAGAACGGGCGUUUAGGGGAUGCAGAUAUAGAACGACUGAAACUGACUGAUUCAUACAUAAACGGCACACAGUACAGGAUGGUGGACCCUGCACACGGCGCUCUAGAUGAGAGCUACACCCCAGAGGAUGACUCCCAGGAAGUACACUCAGUCUUUUCCGAUGAGGGAACCACACGACGGCCAGACACGACUCUCCCGCAGAUGAAGAAACCAAUCUCACGCACAGUCCUGCCCUCUGACUCGAUGUCCAUUGACGGGGGCUUGACGGUGUCCGGUAUGGGCGGCUACAGCGCCACACUGGACCGUCCUUACAGACAGGCUGGAGCAGGCGACUACCCAACUGCCACAGUACCCAGAAACUACCACUACGGCCCUGUAGGGGGUUAUGAUGACUACCGGGGUGGCCCGCCAUCAGAAGCAUACACUAGUCUGAGCAGGGGCUCUCACAUGGAUGAUCGUUACAGGCCAGUUGAUGGAUACAGGACUCUGGAUUCUGGCUACCGGGCCCCAAGCCGUCAGCAGCUUGACCCCUAUGCAGCACAGCCCCAGGUGAGCCGGGGAAUGAGGGCCAUGGGCUCAGCGAUGGAGAUGCGUUACGGCCACGGCCACUAUGGUCUGGAGGAUGACCAGCGCAGUGUGGGGUAUGAUGACUACGGCAUGGGGCCUCCACCCAUGCACCCUGGGGGCUACGGUACCAUGCCACGUCUGGGGGCCGGCCCUGGUGGUAUGGACAGACGAAGACUCAGGAGCUGUGAGGACACUUUGGAUGGUGACAUGGGAGGAGUUGACCAUUAUGCCUGGGGUGUUCCCAUGACGUUGGAGAGGGGGAGCAUGGCUUCACUGGACAGCACACUAAGGAAGGCUCCUCCCACCUCUUGGAGACAGCCUGAGCUGCCAGAAGUCAUCGCCAUGUUGAACUACCGUCUGGACCCUGUCAAGACCAACGCUGCUGCCUUCCUCCAGCAUCUCACAUUCAAAAAUGACAAGAUUAAGUCAGAAGUGCGUCGCCUGAAGGGUAUCCCAUCCUUGGUGUCGAUGCUGGACCACCCCAGCAAGGAGGUGCACCACUCGGCCUGCGGAGCACUAAAGAACAUUUCAUAUGGACGAGAUCCGGACAACAAGAUCGCCAUCAAGAACUGCGACGGAGUGCCUGCUCUGGUCAGGUUACUGAGGAAAACCCGUGACCAGGACCUCACUGACACUAUCACAGGCACCUUGUGGAACCUCUCAUCCCACGACUCAGUAAAGAUGGAGAUUGUGGACCACGCCCUGCAUGCCCUGGCCGACGAAGUAAUAGUUCCCCACUCGGGCUGGGAGCGAGGGAGCAACGGUGGAGAGGAGAGCUGCAAACCACGCCAUCUGGAGUGGGAGACCGCCUUGACCAACACUGCUGGCUGCCUUAGGAAUGUGAGUUCAGAACGCAGCGAGGCCAGGAGAAAGCUGAGAGAAUGCACAGGAUUGGUGGAUUCACUCAUGUACAUUGUCCAAUCACAGAUCAAUCGUAAAGAUGUGGACAAUAAGUUGGUGGAGAACUGUGUCUGCCUCCUGAGGAAUCUGUCCUAUCAUGUUCACCGUGAAAUUCCCGGCUGUGAACGUUAUGCAGAGACCACACCCCUCAACCAGGCACCGGCCCCUGCUACCAAAGGUGGCUGCUUUGGCUCUCGAAAGGGCAAAGAUGAGUGGUUUUCCAAAGGAAAGAAGGACGGAGAUGAUGGAAGUGGAGAUCAGGUUGAUAUUCCAAAGAGGACAACCCCUGCUAAAGGUUAUGAGCUGUUGUUCCAACCAGAGGUGGUCCGUGUUUACACAUCACUGCUCAGAGAGAGCAAGAACCCCUCGGUGCUGGAGGCUGCUGCUGGUGCCAUCCAGAACCUGUGUGCUGGCCGAUGGACUUAUGGUCGAUAUAUCCGGGCCACCGUGCGUCUGGAGAAAGGUCUUCCCAUGAUGGCAGAACUACUGGCCCAUGGCAAUGACCGUGUGGUUAGAGCAAUGUCUGGAGCCUUGAGGAACCUCGCUAUCGACAACCGCAACUGCGAACUGCUUGGGUUGCAUGCAGUGCCUCACCUGGUGGCCAACCUGCCCGGAGGCCAGAGCCAGUCUGGACGCAAUCUAUCAGAGGAAACAGUAGUGUCUGUACUGAGCACGCUCACUGAGGUGCUAGGCAACAGUCUGGAGGCAGCAAAGACUCUCCGAGCCUCGCAGGGCAUUGAGAGGCUGGUGCUUAUUAACAAGGACGGCAAACGUUCAGAUCGUGAGGUGCGGGGGGCGGGCCAGGUGCUGCAGCUGGUCUGGGCCCAUAAGGAGCUCCGUCGGCCUCUUGAGAAGGAUGGCUGGAAGAAGACAGACUUCAUGGUCAACCUCAACCCCAACACCAGCACCACCAAUGGCCCGAGCACCCGAGCCAACGGCACCUAUGAAGACAGCACCACACCACUGCUGGACAGAGGAGAAAAGAGGGACUUGAUUCCACUAAAUGACCUUGGCCCUGACGCCUACUCUACACUGGACCAGAGGGAGAGGAGACACACUCUGGAUGAGACCACAGACACUUUACCGCGAGGGGUGUAUGGGGGCAGAAAGGGCUCCCUGCCUCUGUUGGACUCCUACGAUGAAAAACUGAUAGUGUGCAUCACCCAGACUGGGCCGUCCCUGCCCUACCACUGCUACUGAGGAGAGAAGAUCCAGAUGCACAGACUCUCUCCCCCUCGCCCUCUUCCUCCCCCUCCUCUCCCUUCUCUCUCUCUCUCUCUCUCUCUCUCCCCCUCGCCCUCUUCCUCACCCUCCUCUCCCUCUCUCUCUCCUCUCUCUCUCCUCUCUCCUCUCUCUCUCUCUCUCUCUCUCUCUCUCUUUCUAUCGCCACACAGAUGGGAUAAGAAGAUGAGGGUUGGCAUCCAAAGAAAGUGGUUGUGUUGCAGGCAAAACGUCUUCGUGCAACGUCCACAUACAUACCUACUUUUUACAAAUUCAUUCAAGUGUAGCAACAAAAGUAUAUUCUGUUUUUAAAUUAUAGUUCUUCUGUAAAGGCAAUCACCUUUGUUGACAAUCAUUUAAUUCUGGUGUUGUCUUCCUGCUUGUUUUUGUUUUUUCUUGCUACUGUCAACAUUUUUGAUGAGUUCUGUCAUGGUCGACAUGUUGCUGCCAACACCCACAUCCUAACGAUGAAUUUGUAUGUAGACUUCUAUGUAGGUUAUAUAUACUGUAUAUAAAAAGAAAAUGGGAUGACUGCAUUAGUUUUGGCUCAUUAAUUUAAAUUGUCCCUUUACUGGGAUCGUUGGGAGGUUGGGACGCGCUGGCAGACCGGCGGUCGCCCUGUAGAUUGAGACUGUUUAUAUAGGAGUUAUUUUCCUGUCUAGAGUUAUUUUCUCUUGGUUGGGAUGAGCACAGGUGUAGACAAGAAAAGGCAGGUGUGUGUGUAUAUUUGUCAUACAGUAAACCUGUGGCCGUGUGUGUGUCUGUGUGGGGAAAAAAUGAACAUGGACCUUUUUGAAUGAGUGUGUUUUUGUGUGUGUGCACGGACCAGACAUAAGACGACAUGUUGAUUAUUUCAUCUGUUCAUGUUGUCUGUUUUUAUCAUGUGCUCCUAUUCCUGUGACAAAGCAUUUUUUUUUAUUUUCUUAGUUUUUAUGUACCAACUGCCUCUUUUUGUGUUUGAUACCUUAAUUUACUACUUUUUCCUUCAACUUUUACUCUCCCUGUGGAAAAAAAAAAGACAUUUUCAGCUGCUGUGUUUUGACUUGGACCAGUGCAACGCAUCAAACCAGUUCCUGAAAUGUGAAGCUAGGAACAUGCACCACUAAACCUCUAAAACGUAUUGACAUCCUGCUUCAGAAACCAUUCCUUGCUCUAAUACUAAACGUUAACACUAUAGACACAGUAAGAAACACUUCAGGAGGGUCACUUACGACUAAUGUUCUUCUCUGAGUCUGAUUUCUUAACAAACCUGUAAACAAAAAAAUCACUACUUGCUCUUUAUUUGCUAUUCAUGCAUGCACAUCUGCAUUCAUUUGAUUUGAUUUAGGAGGCUUCUUCACUCAGAGGAGACUCGAGUUUAAACAGACAGGUUGGGGAGAUAUUGAUGUUUAAUUUAAGAGGUAGACAAAAGCACAUUUUAGUCUAAGUUCCUUUUUUUUUUUGUACUUUUUUUCUGUCUGGUUUGUAUUUCAGAGUUUGUACGUGAGGGAGCAGUGGGUGAGAGCAUUAUGCAAUGUGUUCUACUUUUUAAGUCCCAGUUUUACCGCUGACUUGUUUUAAAGGCAAAAGAGACCAACCAUCUUUGUUUUGUUUUUUAAACUCCCCACACACAUAGUAUAUUUGUACUGUUGCCUAUCCAUGUAAAAUGAUGUACCAUUCAUACCUGCCUUGGCUCUGAAAAGUUGCUUUUUUCAGUAUGUAACUGGUAAUACUUGUUUUUAUAAAUAAAGAUCUUUUCUUAGACAAGA